AUGAACAAAUUCGCAGGUAAACCUCUGGCCAAACUUGCUGUAGGUAGAAAAAAUGUUUGUAGUGCGUUUGCCUUACUCUUAUUGGGGAUUGGAUUACUAACGAAAUUGAUUGGAGAAUCUUUUCCAUCACGUAUAUGGGGGAAGGGGGGCGAUUCCUGGAAGAAAAUUCGCCAAUCGUGCCCACUUACUACUGACACACCACUGCCACCAGACAUUCAGGAGGAAUGGAGUAAUUAUUACAAGGAAUUACCACUUGUUCAAACCAUCAACUUCCCACGCAGAGUUCGAAUAAAAGAAGCUAUUGAGCUGCAGCUCCAUGGAUUUUGCGAUGCUAGUGAAGUAGCAUAUGGGGCCUGUGUUUAUCUAAGAUCAAAGGACAAGGACGGGAAUGUUAUUGUCAGCCUUUUGUGUGCUAAGUCCAGGGUUGCUCCACUUAAAAGGCAAACAAUCCCACGGUUAGAAUUGUGCGGUGCCUUACUCCUAACGACUCUGGUUGACAAUUUGAAAACAUGUAUUCACCAUCGAAUUGACCGAAUCUGUUAUUGGACGGACUCUACUGUCGUUCUGCACUGGUUAAAUACUUCGUCAAAUAAAUUACCGGUAUUUGUAAGCAACAGAGUCAUGAAUAUUCAGGAAAAAACAAACAUCAGCAAUUGGAAGCACGUGAGGACCCAUGAGAAUCCAGCAGAUCUGGUGUCUCGAGGACAGGUCCCCUCAGAGUUCAUAAAACCAUCACUUUGGCUGACGGGAGCUCCCUGGCUGGCAUCUGAGGAAACCACCUGGCCUGAUUUACAACUCCAAUUCUCAUCACCAGCGCCCGAAGAAAAGAUGCCGAAACCCAGACCAGCCAAGGUAUGCCUCGCUAUUUCUCAUAGCACUAAAGAGAAAAUCUCACGACAAGGCAACGCUCUUAUUUGGUAUUCAUCAAUGAAAAAACUCCAACGGAUAAUCGCACAUUGCCUCAGACUGAAAAAUCGCAAAACUGGUCCAAUGGCAGCUGAAGAAUUCGAGGCUGCUCUUCAGGCAAUUAUUUAUUGGGUACAACAAGAAACUUUCGCCCCGGUGAUCAAAGCAUUACGUCAAGAUGUUAAAUCUUCAACUCAGCAAUCAGAAUUAGCAAAAUUCAACAAGCUCAGCCGCUUUCUGGACAAACGGGGACUCUUACGAGUUGGUGGUCGAUUGAGAAAUGCUUUUAUUCCAUUGUCCCAACGUCAUCCUCUCAUCUUGCCGAAACGUCACCAUGUUACAAGACUUAUCAUCGAAAAUGAACACAUCGAGCAUCUACACUCUGGAUCGCAGGCCACACUCUAUGCUACUCGUCGUCGAUUUUGGCCACUCGAUGGAAGAAAUGUAACUCGACAAAUUGUCCGCAGUUGCAUCAAAUGCAUUCGUCACAAGCCCCCGUCAAUUGAUUAUAUCAUGGGGAGCUUGCCAACGGCUCGUGUGACAGAAUCUCGUCCUUUCUCUAACGUCGGAGUCGAUUAUUGCGGACCUUUUUUCAUAAAGGAAAAGAAAAUCCGUAACAAGGGCCGAGCCGUACAUUUGGAAGUCGUCAGCGAUCUCUCCGCCGAAACAUUCAUUGGUGCCCUACGUCGAUUCGUCGCCCGGAGAGGUAUGUGCAUCAAUCUAUACUCUGAUAAUGGAACAAACUUCGUGGGAGCAAACAAUGAACUUACAGAAAUCUAUGCCUUUCUCAAGAAUGAAGAAAAUCAAGCCAAAAUUAAAAAUCACACUUCAUCCAAAUCAAUCCAAUGGCAUUUCAUACCACCUCAGUCACCACACUUUGGAGGUCUGUGGGAGGCUGCUGUCAAAUCAUUCAAGCAUCAUUGGAAGCGCAUAGUGACAGACGAACUUUUGAGUUUCGAAGCUUUUAACACACUCGUCAUUGAAAUAGAAGGGGUUUUGAAUUCAAGGCCAAUUACACCAAUUUCAUCAGAUCCGAACGAUGUUAUUGCCCUCACGCCUGGACAUUUUUUGAUCGGCGACUCUUUAACGAAUCUUCGCGGCCCCGAUUUUUCACAAACUCCAACCAAUCGAUUAUCAUCCUGGCAACAUAUUCAGAAACUAAAACAGGAUUUUUGGAGUCGGUGGCACCGAGAAUACAUCAGCGAACUAAGUCUACGAUCAAAAUGGGUUAAGGGAGAAAACUUCAUCAAAGAAGGCACCAUAGUCCUAAUAAAGGAGGACAAUCUACCAGCACAACAAUGGGCUCUAGGCAGAGUGAUCCACGCUCAUCCAGGAAAGGACAACAUCAUUCGAACUGUGACAUUAAAAACAGCCAAGGGGAUAUUUGAUCGCAGCGUCAAGAAGCUCGCGCCCUUACUUUAUAACGAUGAAUAA